CGAAGCUGAAAGGGGUGGGCGCAUCAGGAGAACGACAUGUUUGGCAUCAAGACGUCGUUCCCCCAGGCCCUAGCUGAUGCGCAGAUGGAGUACUGGGAUGGAAUCUGGGAUGGCACCUCGCCCAUCUUUAUGGCCACAGGGAGGGGGAUCGUUGGUGCAGCACCUGCGAGCUUGACAGGGUCGAGUACCGCGUCGACAGGUGCACUCGCUGGUCCUGCGAAGGCUGUGGCCCCCAAGCGGGGCGCGUCGCCUGGGAGACUCGGGCGGGGGAUCCCCUUCUCCGCCCUCGCAGGCCCAGGAAACGCCCUGCGGCAGGGUCGCGCUGGAGGAGCACAAGAGGUCGCCGCGUGCAGACGAUGAUCCACGUGUUCGUCGGGCAC